ACGUUACCCUACUAAUAAAUAAAGGCACCUGCAUCUUCUUAGUUGCCGUGAUGCCAGCGAUUUCAAGCCAGGACAUGAGAUGAGGACUGCUCUCUUUGUUUCCUCACGCUCGUGGACACAGGCAAGACGUUAUGUAUCCAAUGUCACAACCAAUUCGGCGCCGCAGCAGGCCAUUAAAGCAGCAUACUAUCGCGGAGGCACCUCUCGCGGGGUGAUAUUCCAGCCCAAGGACCUCCCUACCAACUGCUCAAAAUGGCCUUCCAUAUUCCGGCAGGUGAUGGGAUCGCCGGACCCGUAUGGUCGCCAGCUCGACGGCAUGGGAUCGGGAAUAUCGUCCCUCUCCAAGAUCUGCCUCGUGGAAAAUCGAGUUCCGGAAGGAACGGAAGUCGACAAUGAUUGUAUCGAUUAUACCUUCGUUGGAAUGGGUAUUUACAAUGGCGUCGUGGAUGUAGCGGGGAACUGUGGGAAUAUGAGCAGUGCUAUCGGCCCCUAUGCGUACAAUGCUGGUUUGUUGGAUAAGAAAUACUACGCUGAAUCGAAUGGGCAAGUAACAGUGCGGAUAAGAAACACGAAUACAGGACAGGAACUCAAAUCGACUUUUGAUGUCGUUGGAGAUCAAGCUGCUGUGCAAGGAAACUUCACAUUCGAUGGCGUCGCAGGUCAGGGUGCGAAGAUCAAACUCGAAUUCCUGAAUCCGUACGGCUCCAAGACUGGACAGGUUCUCCCAACAGGCAACGCAACGGACACCAUUUUAGGCUUCCAAGUAUCCUGCGUAGACGGCGCCAACCCCGCUAUCUUCAUCCGCGCAGACGAUGUGGACAUCCCAGGGACCAUCCUUCCCAAUGACUUCAACAAUCUGCCCGAGAAACUGGAACUCCUUGAGCGGAUCAGAAGAGCAGCGACGGUCGCCAUGGGCAUCGCGGAGUCAGAAGACAAGGUGGCUGGGACGAUUCCGAAGAUUGGUAUUGUCUCCACGUCUGCCACGCAUCCUGUGCUUUCAGGCGAAACGGUCAAGAAGGAGCAUGUCGAUGUUGUGAUACGAUUUCUCUCGGAUGAGCAGCCUCAUCGCGCCAUCCCUUUGACUGCGGCACUGACUUCGGCCGUUGCUGCUAAGAUCCCAGGGACGGUUGUCGAGCAGCUACUUGCAAAAGAGUCGACGACGAAAGAUAUGUUGACGAUUGGACAUGCUAGUGGGAAGAUCCAAGUCAGUGCGAGCAUGGACCCUGAGAAGCCGCAUUUGCCGCUAUCGGCUUCUGUGUACAGGACGGCUAGGCGGAUCUUCGAAGGGGAGGUUUUCUGGACCGAUUCAGGGGAAGAGGAACAAGGACUGGGGAGUAUAUCCCGUUCUUAUAACCUUGGGAUGGCUUUCGUAGAAGAAUCUGGGGGGAAAUGAUGCUUAUUUGAAGGUAUAUGGAAUCAAAACGUUCGCACUGCUGGAUAAUACACGAUUCCAUUUAUCCAUUCACCAUUUGCUAAUGUAAAUGAUAGGAUAAGUCAUUUCCCUAACAUUGUGAGAACCAC